CCCCUCCUCAGCUUGUAAAUACCGCGUCAACCGAAGUUCGUUAUAUGAACCUCCGAUUCCCCGCAAGCAAUUAUUACAUGUGAAUUUUCCCCACGCUACUCCACAAGAACCCAGACGUCUCUUAAUUAAUGGUAUAACCACGCGAUUUUCUUUAAUUUCUAAAAAAUAUCCGCAUGCCACACCAUAAUUCGAUGGUGGUCAGCGCGCCAGAUAAAUAUACACAAAAAGAAUACAACUGAGUUGUCAAAGACAGACAAGGAGGCGAUAUAUACAACUAAUUUCUUGUAUAUGUAAUCUUCAACUUCCACCCUUUUACCUUGUACAUCAAUCGUGUUUUCUACAUCCUUAGUUUAAUCGAAAUUUGAGAAAAAUAUGCCGGUUCCAGAUGAGCCAACGUCGAAAAAGGUGGCAGAAUCACCACAGUCGGCGGCAACUCCGGCGACCGGAGAUGUGGAGAAUCAGGCGCUGGGAACCGGUGCCGGAGUUUCGAACAUUGUACGGCGGUGGAAGAAAGAAGAUCUUCUGAAGAGAGGGUCCUUGGGUUUGCGAGGUCUCGGUUUGCUUUUUUCGUUGCUGGCUUUCAUUAUAAUGGUCAGUAAUGAACAUGGGGAUUGGAAGGAAUUUGAUCAAUACGAAGAAUACAGGUAUGUAUUGGCUAUAGCAAUUCUGUCAUCAUUGUACACUGGAUUGCAGAUUUUGAGGCAGAUUCAUGAACUCUCCACCGGUAGAGAAAUUAUUUCACGCAAGAAUUUGUUGAUUGUGGACUUUUUCGGGGAUCAGAUUGUGGCGUACUUUUUGAUAUCAGCAGCUUCAUCCGCGGUGCCCUUGACUAAUAGAAUGAGAGAAGAGCAAGAUAACAUAUUUACAGAUUCUUCUGCAUCAGCUAUCAGCAUGGAAUUCUUUGCCUUCAUCUUACUUGCAUUGUCAGCUAUGAUUUCGGGAUAUAAACUCUCUAACCAAUCCUACAUAUGAUAGGCGCCUGUUUUUAUGAAAUUGUUUGACAGUUUCAUCUAUCUUCCUCUUCAAUACAUUGUACACUCAAAUUUCAUGUUUAUAAUAAAAGGCUUUUCUAUCUAUUUCUUAUUGUAUAGUGCCCGAAUUAAGAUCCUUUGUAGGAGAAUUUUCCAUAAUGUUCUAAAGGUUCUUUUAUGAAUAAAACAUUUGCUCUCUCUAA